AAAAUUAAGGUUGACUGUGUGUCAGUGGCUGUGGUCAAGCAGGCUCUGGCAGUACCAAGGAUACACUGUCUGUCAUUGGAGAGCUUCAAGACAGAUUACAUCCCCAAAAGCCAGUCAUAUUAGAGGGUAUCAUAGAUCACUGGCCAGCCUUCAAAAACCACCCUUGGAGGUACCUUUUUCUUUAUUUUGUGUCCUUUUCUAGUCCCUUGCCCUUACCUUCUCAUAGUCCCUUAGACACCUCUGUUGAUUUUGUUUUCUUCCUUUGCAAAGCAUAGAAUACCUGCAAACUGUUGCUGGUUGUCGGACUGUACCUGUUGAAGUGGGCUCUAGAUAUACCGAUGAGGAAUGGUCAGACACUCCUUACGGUCAAUUAAUUCAUUGAUCGCUAUAUUGUUGUGAAAGUAAGUACUUCCUCUUGAAAAAUAUUGCCCCAAGGAUAGACGCCUUACACUCAAUGUCUAAUCCCGCUCUCUCUCACUCACAUUAGGACACAUCAAGUUUGGGAUAUCUUGCUCAGCACCAGCUAUUUGAUCAGGUUGGUCAUUGCCCUGUCCUGUUUUUUACAUAACAAAUUUGGGUGAGGAUGUCAGUGUUGAUAUAUACUGAACAAAAAUAUAAAAGCAACAUGUAAAGGUCCCAUGAUUCAUGAGCUGAAGUAAAAGAUCCCAGAAAUGUUUCAUAUGCACAGAAAUCUUAUUUCUCUCAAAUUCUGUGAAGAAAUAUGUUUACAUCCCUGUUAGUGAGGAUUUUUCCUUUGCCAAGAUAAUCCAUCCACCUGUGGCAUAUCAAGAAGCUGAUUAAACAACAUGAUCAUUACACAGGUGCACCUUGUGCUGGGGACAAUAAAGGGCCACUCUAAAAUGUGCCGUUUUGUCACACAACACAAUGCCACAGGUGUCUCAAGUUUUGAGGGAGCGUGCAAUUGGCAUGCUGACAGCAGGAAUGUCCACCAGAGCUGUUGACAGUUAAUUGAAUUUUCAUUAAUGUACUAAAUAUAUAUAUAUAUAUAUAUAUAUAAACCUUUAUUUAACUAUGUAAGUCAGUUAAGAACAAAUUCUUAUUUACAAUGGCAGCCUACUAAAAGGCCUCCUGCGGGGACAGGGGCUGGGAUUAAAAAUAAAAGAAGCCACCUCCAAUGUUGUUUUAGAGAAUUUGGCAGUAUGUCCAACUGGCCUCACAACCGCAGAUCACGUGUAACCACACCAGCCCAGGACCUCCACAUCCGGCUUCUUCACCUGCGAGAUCGUCUGAGACCAGCCACUCGGACAGCUGAUGAAACUGAGGAGUAUUUCUGUCUGUAAUAAAGCCCUUUUCUGGGGAAAAACUCAUUCUGAGUGGGUGGGCCCUUGCCCAGUCAUGUGAAAUCCAUAGAGUAGGGCCUAAUCAAUUUAUUUCAAUUGACUGAUUUCCUUAUAUGAACUGUAACUCAGUAAAAUCGUUGAAAUUGUUGUGUUUUAUAUUUUUGUUCAGUAUAAAACUAAAAUAUAACAUAUACAUUUCAGAUUGACGUUCCAAAUGUAUAUUUUACUGUCCAAUGUAUUUUUGGAAAUGUAGGAUAUUGGCUUCUAUAAUCCUUGCCUCCAUUUGUGUAUUGUAUGCUUUAAAUGUGAUUUGUACAAGUUUUUCAGUUACAAAAACAGUAUUUUGUUCAAUGUACUCUUCUCCAAGGUCCCCGAGCUGAAAGACGACAUCCGUAUCCCUGACUACUGUUGUCUUGGUGAGGGAGAUGAAGAUUACAUCACGAUCAACGCUUGGUUUGGGCCAGGAGGUAGUGUCCCCCCUUCAUCAGGAUCCUCAACAGAACUUCCUGGCUCAGGUGAGUCCAACACACAUCCAGUGAGUAGGAUCAGACUCUGUCCAGAGAUAUGUGUGAAACUGUAUUUUUGCCAAUCAUAAUUUGGUGAUUGCAUGGUUUCCCUAUUGUGUAACAGGUGGUUGGGAGAAAGUACAUUCGUCUGUACUCCCCCAAGGACACUGAGAAACUCUACCCUCACCAAUCGCAGCUCCUACACAACACAAGUCAGGUUAGGAUUCCAUUUUAAAUCUCCACAUGCAUCAGGUCUAUAAUUUUAACAAUCUAGCAUGUAACUGAUCUACAUAAUCCCUAAACUGUUAGUGCUGCAUACUUUGAAUGGGAGAAAUGAGUAAAGUGUUUUCCAUUUAAACACAAAGCUUUCUUCAAUGCAGGUGGAGAGUCCAGACGUGGUGCAAUUCCCAGAGUUUGUGAAGGCUCCCUACCUAGAGUGUGUGUUGCAGCCUGGGGAGGUCUUGUUCAUCCCAGUCAAGCACUGGCAUUACGUGCGUUCUUUGGAGCUCAGCUUUUCUGUGAGCUUCUGGUGGUCAUGA